CAGAUUCUGGGCUGUGACCAACGUGGACUACAUCCACCACCGUUCCCCGAAGCGGGUGGGCGGCAUGAUCGCCCUCAUCUGGAGCGUGUCCUUCCUGAUCUCGGCGGCGCCCAUGAUGGGCUGGAAGGAUCCCGAGUGGCACGAGAGGCUGCGCAACAAGAUGUGCAUCAUCUCGCAGGACGUCGGCUACCAGAUCUUCGCCACCAUCACCUCCUUCUACCUGCCGCUCUUCGUGAUCCUGGUGCUCUACUGGCGCGUCUACCAGGCCGCCCGCAAGCGCAUCCGGCGCAAGAUCGGCACCAACGCCCACACGGCGCUCUGCCGCGGGCCAAUCACCAUCUCCGAAACCACCACCUUCACCCGCAUGUCGUCGCAGCAGCCCUCGCCCGAGAAGACCUCCAACGGCAGCACCCUCAACGGCCACCCCCUCGACAGCAGCAGGGAGGACUCCUCGGCCACGAUGGGCGGCGUCGGCGGGGGCGGCGGCGGAGGCCACUCGGCCAUCAGCCCCGUGGCGCCGCACCAGAUCCGCCGCAGGGAGGGCGAGCUGCGGAAGGAGCGGAAGGCGGCCAAGACGCUGGGCAUCAUCACGGGGGCCUUCGUCAUCUGCUGGCUGCCCUUCUUCAUCCUGGCGGUGCUCAUGCCCCUGUGUACCCUCUCGUGCGACUUCAACCCGUACCUCAUCGCGACCUUCCUGUGGCUCGGGUACUUCAACUCGACGCUCAACCCCAUCAUCUACACCGUCUUCAGCCCCGAGUUCCGCAACGCCUUCAAGCGGAUCCUGUGCGGACGGAAGCGGAUGCUGCAGCGCCACUCCUCUCGCUUCUCCUCGGUGGGGGGCCGCUUCAACAGGUCAUAGCACAGCGAGGUGCCGGGAGGGCGCGGCACCACUACCACCACAAGCAGCAGCAGUUGGAGGAGGCGGAGGGCGAGGGCGAGGAGGGAGCCCAACCCGCCCAGCAGUUUCGGGGGCGGGAGUUCGGCCACGCCGUUGGCCACCC